AUGGUAGCUGUGGAGUGGCAGACUGGGGUGGUGGUUCCCAUCUUCAAAAAGGGGGACCAGAGAGUGAUCCCCCAGGAAGAGCUGAAGAGUGUUGCUGGUGUGUGUUGUGUGAAGGAUGCAGUGUUUGUGUACAGCUCCCUGGGAGGUGAAGUCAUCCUUCCCUGCAACAGAGUGAAACAGAACCAGGGCCAGAACCAGAACCAGAGCUCCAGCUGCUCCUCGGUGUCCUGGACCUUCUACAGAGGAGGCCAGGUGAACUUCAUCCAGGAGGUGAAGGGUGGACAGGUGUGGGCGGGGUUAGAGCGGCCCGGCCGGCUGUCUGUCGGGUCCGACUGCUCCCUGGUUCUGCAGCGGCUGCAGGUCUACGACGCCGGGUCAUACAUGUGUCUGCAGCAUGACCAGGUGAUGUCUGACGUCUACCUGUCGCUGCUCAGCCUAAGCUCCACCUCCAGCAUCAGCCAGCUGCAGCCUGGAGGACACCUGAGACUCACCUGUGUCCUCCACACCUACUAUGAUGCAGGAAGCUGCAGGUACAGCAGCAUGUUCAGCCUGAGGUGGAUGGAGGAGGACGGAGGAGAAGACCUACUGGAGAACAACAGGUUAGUUUAUUAUUGUAAAUACUACCAAUAA